UUCCCGAGGCCUUAAAGGCUGAGUCAGGAGCAGCUGGGCCACAAUCCCCGGCCUCGGCGAUCUGGGAAGCGUUGUGUGUGUGUGUCUGUGGAGUGCGCCUGCGCAGCUGUGGACGCCGUAGGUCAGCUUCUUGGUCUGGGGACCGGUACUGGAGGAGGGGAUUCACCCCAGAGCACGGGCAAGUGUCGGGCGCGACCCGCGGGAAUAAAAACAUCUACUUGCCUGGAGUUGGUGAGGCUGAGCCGACCCUGCCUGGAUCCUGUUUUUGAAACAUGAAUCCUUCACUCUUCCUGACUGCCCUUUGCUUGGGAAUAGCCUCAGCUGCUUCAAAAUUCGAUCAAAGUUUAAAUGGACAAUGGUACCAAUGGAAGGCAACACACAAGAGAUUAUAUGGCAUGAAUGAAGAAGGAUGGAGGAGAGCAGUGUGGGAGAAGAAUAUAAAAAUGAUUGAACUGCAUAACCGAGAAUAUAGCCAAGGGAAACAUGGCUUCACAAUGGCAAUGAAUGCUUUUGGUGACAUGACCAAUGAAGAAUUCAGGCAGGUGAUGAAUGGUUUUCAAAACCAGAAGCACAAGAAAGGGAAAGUGUUCCAAGAACCUGUAUUUGCUGAGAUCCCCAAAUCUGUGGAUUGGAGAGAGAAAGGCUAUGUAACUCCUGUGAAGAAUCAGGGUCAGUGUGGUUCUUGUUGGGCUUUUAGUGCAACUGGUGCUCUUGAAGGACAGAUGUUCCGGAAAACUGGCCAACUUGUUUCAUUGAGUGAGCAGAACCUGGUGGACUGCUCUCGGCCUCAAGGCAAUGAGGGCUGCAAUGGUGGCCUAAUGGAUAAUGCCUUCCGGUAUGUUAAGGAAAAUGGAGGCCUGGACACAGAGGAGUCUUAUCCGUAUCUUGGAAGGGACUCAGAGCCCUGUAACUACAAGCCUGAGUGUUCUGCUGCCAAUGACACCGGCUUUGUGGACAUCCCUCAGCGGGAGAAGGCCCUGAUGAAGGCAGUGGCAACUGUGGGGCCCAUCUCUGUUGCUAUUGAUGCAGGCCAUCAGUCGUUCCAGUUCUAUAAAUCAGGCAUUUAUUAUGAUCCAGACUGCAGCAGCGAAAACCUGGAUCAUGGUGUUCUUGUAGUUGGCUAUGGCUUUGAAGAAACAGAUUCAAGUAAAAAAUUUUGGAUUGUCAAGAACAGUUGGGGUCCAGAAUGGGGCUGGAGUGGCUAUGUAAAAAUGGCCAAAGACCAGAACAACCACUGUGGAAUUGCUACGGCAGCCAGCUAUCCCACUGUGUAAGCUGGUGGAUGGGGAUAUUAGAGGACUUAAGGACAGCAUAUCUGGAGGAAUUUUUAUCUUAAAACUGACCAAACCCUUAUGUAAGAUAAGACACUUGAAUCAUUGAAGAUCCAAGUUGUGAUUUGAAUUCUGUGACAUUUUUAUAAGGGUAAAACUUUACCACUACCUUAAUUGCUGUUAUAAAUAGCUUUGUGAUGUUGAAGACUCAUUACUUAAUUCUAAGACUUUUGAAUUUUCAUUUUUUCAAAGGAUAUAUAAAACUUUACCUUUUAAAAUAAAUUUUAACUCAACAUGUA